AGCUGAUCGCAGGCGGCAGCGCUUGCGCAUUGACCGCUCCUGCUGCUUUCUCUCUCUCGCUGUCUGUGUAUCCUGCAUUCUGACAGUGCGAGCUGCGGGCUUUGCGGCAUUUUCAAGCCAAUAGUGAGGUUGCCUUGAGAAACACUGGGACAGCCGAGCGGCUCGGUGACUUGUCUCCCCUUCUCCCUCCUCCUCCUCCUCCUCGGGGCUGAUCAGCUGCUGGGGCUUCGUCGUUGAAGAUGGUUUGCGGCGGAUUCACCUGUUCCAAGAACUCGCUGUGUAUCCUGAACCUGCUGUACAUUCUGGUGAGCCUGUUGCUGAUUGGAAUUGCAGCAUGGGGUAAAACCUUUGGACUUGUUACAAGCUUCUCUGUUGUCGCAGGAGUGAUUGGAGUUGGAAUCUUUCUUUUCUUCAUUGCUUUGAUUGGAUUAUUGGGAGCCAUUAAGCAUCACCAAGUGUUACUAUUUUUUUAUAUGAUCAUUUUGUUUUUGGUGUUUGUAGUCCAGUUCUCCAUCUCCUGUGCAAGCCUUGCACUGAAUGAGAAUCAACAGGUUGAGCUUCUCAACUUGGCGUCCACCAAAGAAAUUAAAAGUGAAAACUUUACUGUUGAAAAUAACAUGAAUUGUAAAGAAAUACAAUCACUGCCAUCUUUUCUCUUGUUCCAGCAUUGUGUUGUUGCUAAUGAUUGUCAUCCAUGUGGACCGAUCUUAAAAACCUAUGCUGGUGAAGUACUGAGAUUUGUCGGUGGCAUAGGUCUUUUCUUCAGUUUCACUGAGAUCCUGGGUGUGUGGUUAACACACAGAUACAGGAACCAGAAAGAUCCACGAGCAAAUCCAAGUGCUUUCCUGUAGGAGAAACCGUCAGAAAUGCCAUACCACUGGAACACUGCACUACUGAAGCCUCCUAUGUUUUUGUUUUGUUGAUGAGGCUUUCAAUAUCUAAAACUCCACCAGCUUGCAAGACAUGUCUUUCACCUGGGAUAAGGGUUUUCAUUCAGUUUUGCUUUCUGUUGUAAUGAAACUUAUAACUAAUCUUUGUUAAUCUCUAAUAGAAUUCUCAGUUGAGGAAUGCACUGCUGUUUAUUGUUGUCCAGAGCCUAAUCCUUGUCACAUGCAUUUGGUUAGCACAAGAGUUGUUGCUUCAAUACUUUGUGUUGAUUCUUAGAAAAGUACCACACUAAUGAAAUUGAAAAUUAACACCAAAGGAAAUGACGCUCACAGCAUUAUUUGAUAUUCAAUCCCCUUAAAGUAUAGCAGUGUAUAAUAGCAUAAGUCUAGUUUUUCAUUUUUCCAUUUUCCGUAUAUGCAUAGUUAACUAAUAGUAAAGGUAUUUUGUUUGAUUGGAAGGUAAUCACUGUUAAUUUUGAACAACUUAGAUUAUAAAUAAUAUAAGUGCAUUUUCAUUUUGUGCAAUAGCUUGGUGGAGCAGUUCCUUUUUGUAACUUCUUCCUGUUGCAUUUGGGUUUCAAAAGACAUCUCUAAAUUUGUUUCCGUCUUUGAAAAUUGAAAAGUUUAGUUUUUACACAUGGGUCUCCUGAUCCACUGUGAGCAAUACUAGCUGAAAGAAAUGCAUUUCUUAUGGCUCAACGAUCUUCUGACUUCAAAACCAUUUACAGGAUUUUGUGCACAUGUGUGUGGAAAGCUUGUUUCUUUGGUAGUUCAGUCAGCAGUGGCCAGUUUAUUUCCCUAGCUUAUUUGGAAAUGCUUAUACCUGCCUGUGUGAUUUAAUGUGAAGUUUUGUUGUAGCACCGCACUGCUCUGACUACUGAUAAAUUUAAUAUACUGUGAUUUUUUUUUUCCUCUGCAUUUGGUGGUAAUACUUUAAUCAAUUACUGUUUGUUUAAAGAAUGUCUUUGUCUUUGUCUUGGUCUCUGUCUUUGUCUUUGUUUUGAUUUAAAACAAUGUUUUGCUUCAAGUGCUCAUAGUAAAAGUGGAUCAUUACAAAUGUAGCUAACUUAGAAACAAAUCAUGUAAAUUGUGUUGCACCACAUUUGUUUUUUCUCUACACAAUGAGAAAUUACUUUUAUUUGGAUAUUUAAGAUAUUGAUUUAUUGUGCAAUUUUGCUCAUGACAUAACUGUAUUGAGAAUUGAGUAUAUUUGACAGCUUGGUAUCUUAUUAUGUUUAUGAAUGUAGGCCAAACCAUUGAUUGUUCCUAACACUGGAGAGAGACAGCAGUGAUUUAACAUAUCUUAUGGGGAAAAAGUUAAUGUAGAGAAUAUUACUAGUGUAUUUAUGGGAUUUGUAAAAUUUGAGACUAUGGGUAAAUUGUGGACUCCAACCAUUAAAGUUUCAUUUAUGUGGGUGGAUGAA